AACAGAAAUGGCUGUAACAGCAGCAGCACCAACAUGUCAUCUUCGGCAUUUUCUUCAUUCGAGACCAUCAUCACUAUCACUCUCUUAUUCUUCUUCUAUUUCUUUUCUCAAACCUCUAACUGUUUCUUCUCCCAUUGCUCUAUCUACGCGCCUUAGACAAAUCCAUGUUCCACCGCUUCGAAAAACCCUUUUUCCCUUUCUCUUCUCCAUCUCCACCUCCUCUUCCUCUUCCCUUACUGCUGUUGAAGCGGAAAAAUCCGCAGAAGACGAUGAUGCAAUGGAACAAUACGGUGAAGAAACAGAGGUUGCAGAAGAUGAAUUGGAAACUGAAAGAGGCGAUUUUGAAGAUACCCAAAUGGAUUCAACUUCGUCUCCGUUGGAGAGAAAUCGUGAGGAGAAAUUGAAGUUGGAGCUGCCGAGUCUCACUGUGAAAGAAAGGAAAGAGCUUGUGUCAUAUGCGCACAGUUUGGGAAAAAAGCUGAAGACCCAGUUGGUUGGAAAGUCUGGUGUUACCCCUAAUGUUGCAACCUCUUUCAUUGAGACCCUUGAAUCAAACGAGCUUCUCAAGAUUAAAAUACACCGGAGCUGUCCAGGUGAAUUAGAUGAUGUGGUGAAGCAGUUGGAAGAAGCAACUGGUUCGGUGGCUGUUGGUCAGAUUGGUCGAACUAUGAUUAUAUACAGGCCUAGUCUCACCAAAUUGAAGGCAGAAGAAAAGAAGAAGCAAGUUCGUGAACGUUUUCAUAAAAGAGUACUAAAAUCAAAACUGGCAAAGGCAAACAAGAGUACGGAACAAGCACCCAAAUUAUUUAGGAGAGGUUCAUCAUGGAAUCAUAUAAACAAGAGUAAAGAACAAGCACCCAAAUUUUCGCGGCGUGGUUCAUCAUGGAACGCGAGAAGCAGUAGGUCAAACACAACAUAAUUUUGUCGAGGUUUGUUCUGGUGCUCGGCCUAUACAUGCUUGAUGCUUUGCAUGGAGAGAAACCAAUGCUCAAGGUACUGGAUAUUUUAUUGGCAGGGGAAAACUCUGUUGAAGAUCAUUUUGGAUCAAGGAGCUCUUGUAUACGAUGACGGAAUGUGCUUCUGACCUCAGCUGGAGAACGUGACAUGUCUUGAGCUGUGUUUUGUUUGGUUUGUUGAAGGACCAAACAGUAGAUUCUAUUGCGAUUAAUAUUUAGCAUUUUGCAAUUAUUACUAAAUCUGAAAUCUUACUGAUUACAUUUUUUUUUGUCACUUUGAAUUUUGCCUGCUUCCAAUGUGCAAAAUAUCAGAAACCCUUAUUAACUAUGCUUGGUUCCAAGAACAAUCGUUUUUUGGCAACGAAGGA